UCUUCUUUUAAACACAAGCCGUAGGUGAAACUGCCACAGAAAAAAAUACCAAAAUAACCGCUAACAGCCAGCAGCGGGCAAUGUAUACAUCACGAAACUGCGCCACUUUGUUACUGACAAAAACACUUGUUUGAUACACUUUUCCCGCUGUUCCUUUCAUAAACAAAGUCUAAUUUCCAUUCUCAUUGGCUGCAGUUAUAAUUUGCGUGUUAUUUUAUAUCGAUGCGCUUUGAAGACAGGCUAUUUAUUACCGCAUAAAGCAACACAACUCAAUUUAAUCGUCACAUUAAUUUCACGCGUUCGAAAUGCUAAAAAAAGAUUUUGGGAUUUCAGUUCAAAAUCCUCGAGAUUCGGCGAAACGGGUUGAAGAAACCGGGGUGGCCGUAAUUAAACUCCACUUUGUCUUUUAGCGGGCUUUUAAAUUUAAAGUGUUUUCUCUUUAUCAAGACAUAAAAAUGUCAUUAUUUCGGCAAAAAAGGCAAACUGCAACAUAGGAACUUCACAACAGAACGCCACUUAAUUGAAUUAUACGAGAAAUAGAAAAUACGGAGAGAAUCACCGAAAUAGUUACAAAAUACCGGCGAAAUUAAGUUAAACGCCGGAUUUUUUGAGGGAAAUCGAAAAAAGUCGACAUUACAUUGAAGUAAAAUAUUUAAGGGUCUUCAACAAGAGCUCUUUCACCGUUUUGUCGAGCAAUACAACCACCCGAAGAAGCGAGUAAACUGGUUCUUUCUUGUUGCUAUCUGAGCUAGCAGGCAUUUAAAUGCAGCUGGACUAAAACCACGUGUUUCAAAACUGUAGCAAAAUAAAAGUGCUGUUGUAAAAAAAAAAAUACGCUCGACUUUCUCGACAAACGGAACACAGGAAUACUCGAGAGGCUUACGGAACACGCGGUCAACAUUAUCUUUUAGAUUUUAAACUGGUUCCUCUGGGUUUUCAGUAUGGACUAAGCAAUUUCAAAAAAACAGCAAAACAGCUGUACUGACAUAUAUGUAGAUCUGCUAGCAUAUUCGACCACGGAGUGAAAGGAGAGCUUAUGAAAGUUUAAUUUUAGCAAGCAAUUUGCUCUGGCUAUUCCCAUGUUAAUAUUUUUUCUUCUCGAAAUUGAAAGCGAGAAAGCUAUGGAAACGAAAGUUCGCCCAUGUCAAUGUGCCGAAUAGAAUAAAAACUAGAAGUGUUUCUCUGGCUCCAGGUAACGUUCAACUGCUGAAUGGAAUCUCAACACAGCUACCACAUUUCUCUUUCAAUUCUUUCCAACGAUUCUUAUCUUUUCAUAAACCCACACGAAGCUUUGGACUUCUUAAGGUAACGCAAUGCUUUCGCCACAGAAAACGACCUCAAAACUGCCCUUCACCCGUGUGAGGGUUUCGCAAAACUCGAAACAGAAAAAAAAACCCAAGAAACGAAAAAAAAUUUCUCUUAACUUCAUUAACUACCGUACCAGUAGUUCGGUAGUGUGAUGUCCUCGAAGCUGAUUGGUCGCCACGCAGAGACAUUUAAUUGUUAACCGGGUGAACGCGCGAUGUGAUUGGUGAAAGACAGUUGUGUUUAUGAUUCAUUGUCUUGCCGGCCGUUACAGGUGAAUUGUGCUAUUGUAAUGUUGGUAAUUUAUAGUUAGCGCCAGAAAGGAGGGCCUUUCACUCAUUCGCUUGUGAGUGAAACAACGGCCGCACAAGAAAUACGCUACUGCGCUUGAAAAAAUCACCGACGAAAUUCUAGAGUCCUGCAGAUUUCGUAAAAUGUUUAGCAGUGGGAGCAGCGAAGAAAAACAACUACAGGACUCAAGAAGUCGCGAGAUUAAGAAAUGCGUUCGAAACUACAAGAAGCAGAUGAAGUCGCUGGAAUAUUCACGGCUACGAUCACUUGUUCCAUCCACAGCAUCAAGGCCUCGUGUUUCUAAGAUCGAAGUUAUCGAAGAAGCGAUCAAAUAUAUCGCAUAUCUCCAGGCUACGCUGAGUUCGCGUUUUGAAGAACCCAACGAAAACAACGACGGCGAAGGAACCGGGCAGCGGACAGACAGCGAGAGACGACCAAAAGUACUCAGGCAAAAAAGACAACGUUUAGCUUCAUAUAUGAUUAAAACCCAGAGACACACUCUUCCAGCGCGCCGAAAAUUUUCAAGAAGAAAGAACACAGAGCCCGAGCAGCCGAGAUAGAUUGGAAAAAUUCGCGCAUGCAAGGACACACCGAAGAAUUAAAGUCGCAGGAAAAAUAGAGAACUGUGCUACAGACCUGCAAAUUCAGUUGCGAUCGACUAAUCUUUCACUGCUCAGUCGUUCACUUUGACGAUGUUGUCCCGAUUGAUUUAAAGUUUAACAUUAGAAUUUAUGUAGAGAAAACCAGUCAAAUUCGAAUAUAUAGGAAGCCCGUGAGCUGUAAACGAGCACGCGCGCCUCUGAGUGUGUGUGUGACAGAGAAAAGGAAAAAAACAAAUGAAAUAGUUUGCUAAGCUUGAGCAACCCAACAAGGUUUUGUAAAUAUCCAGAAAUUGCUGUGAGUGUGUUUAAACGUCCUUUACAGAAAGCAAAGCCGGUGAAAGCUCUUUUUCACGUACGCUGCGGCUAUUCAGGCCAAAUUAAAUGCGUAUCUGACGAAAAUGAAACACGGGACCACGCGCUGGAGAAAAAAAGGGCAAGUUUUUACAUAAAUCAAAACUCCUUGCUCAGAUACCGGUGUCUUAAAUCUGAAGGAUGAUUUAGUUAGAGAGACAUGGAUCUUUCCGCCCUAGAAUUUAUCAAAACGACUUCUUUUAUCUCGUUUUUUGAAAGGUUGGAACCCCUUUUUGAAGUCAACUACUUCCUUCAGCGAGUUGAAAGCGGGUGUUUCGUUUCAAACUCCGCAAUCAGCUCAAAUCGUCCGUCUUGACUUUCUCUUUCUAAAAGGAAGACUCUAGCAAGGAUGUGCACUGAAGCGUUAAAUCGAAAAUUAGCUGGCAAAUGGUCCAGUCCUAAUUAAUCGAAAUAAAGGAAGAGGGAGUGUAAUAAAACGGUUUUUAACAAAGCACUCAGGAAAUAACAAUAAAUCUUACGAAGGAAGUUCAGCCCAUUUUUUCUUGACUUCAAGUGAAGCCGAACAGAAAAUGCUGCUAAGGAAGAAAAAUGUACCUGCAUUUAUAUCAAAGGCGAAUAAAACUAACAAAAUAGAGACAGUGGCGUCUGUUUUUGUUCUAUUACAAUUUCUCCCUAGUCACUGAAUUUUUUCCUUCUAGCAAGGGCUCUCGCUUUUCACUAACACAGUAAUUCAGCGUUCUCUUCCCAGACAGUCUAUAUUUUGUCAUUAUCUCUUCCAUAUUUUACGUUCCUGUUUGACGUUUUUACUUUCGCAAUUCUCGCCGCUCUAAGUUCUCUGAUCUUUAAACUCCCAGAAGUGGUAAAAUCAAGAAUAAGAAGAGUCCCAAGCGCCUAAAAAGCUAACAGAACCACAUGAAAGUACUGCUUGAUGGCAGUUAUCCGUUGAAUAGUCCGUCGCAAGCACUGGAGAAUUUCAACUACAACCACACCGACUAACUUGAGGUUUAAAGAGUCAAGGCACACAAGUACACGAGUCACAAACUCAGUUGCAAACGCCAAAAAAAAAAAAAAAAAA